UAACACUCUUGAUAUUAAGCAAUAAAAAAUAUGUUUACUUUGAUUCAUAAAAAACUGAUGUUAUUUUUAAAAUGAUUUAUAAGCUAUACCUUAUAAAAACUUGUAUAUUCGUCAGUUCAUCACUUAUACUUAAACGAGUUUUUUUUUAACACAAGGUUAAGUCUGGUUUUAUUUUUUUUCUCAUGUGUUGUUUUUGUAAAAAAGCGUGUGACUUCCUCUUUUCAAACAUUCAUCAAAAAUUUUUUUUAAAUUUUGACUAUGGCCACAACAGUUAAUUCUUACUCGGAUAACGCUUCGUAUAAUGAUGGAACUAAGAAUCAAAUUUUGAGAGAUUAUGUUUCUAAAUUGCACGAACAUCGUGAAGUGGAAUCGAGAUUAGAAAUACUUCGUGAUAAUGUCAAAAAAGCGAACGCUUUAUACGAAAAAACAGAGGAAGAUUUACGAUCUUUGCAUUCCGUGGGCCAAAUUGUUGGAGACAUUUUAAAACAUUUAGAAGACAAUGAGAAAUUUAUAGUUAAAGCAUCGAGUGGACCGCGUUAUGUUACUGGAAAGAAACUAUUACUUGAUCCAGCUUUACUAACUCCCGGUUCACGUGUUGCUUUGGAUAUGACAACCCUUACUAUUAUGCAUAAGCUUCCUCGUGAAGUUGAUCCAACGGUGUAUAGCAUGCUAAAUGAGGAUCCUGGAAAUAUAAAAUAUUCAGAUGUGGGAGGUUUAUCGGAGCAACUAAGGCAAACACGAGAGGCUGUAGAGCUACCUUUAACAAAUCCUGAAUUCUUUAAGCGUGUUGGGAUCAAGACCCCAAAAGGAGUGCUACUGUAUGGUCCUCCGGGCACCGGGAAAACACUCCUUGCAAAAGCCAUGGCAUCAAAUAUGUCGUGUAAUUUCAUGAAAGUCGUCGCUUCUGCUAUUGUCGAUAAGUACAUUGGAGAAAGUGCACGCGUCAUUCGUGAAAUGUUUGGUUAUGCAAAAGACCACCAACCGUGUAUAGUUUUUAUUGAUGAAAUUGAUGCUAUUGGAGGUACGCGGUUUAAUCAAGGAACAUCAGCAGAUAGAGAGAUUCAAAGAACAUUAAUGGAAUUACUCAACCAAUUGGAUGGAUUUGAUGAUUUGGGAGCUGUUAAGGUCAUUAUGGCAAGUAAUAGACCAGAUGUUUUAGAUCCAGCUUUGUUACGUCCUGGCCGACUAGAUCGUAAAAUUGAAAUCCCACUACCUAACGAAACAGCGCGAGUUGAAAUAUUAAAAAUUCAUACAGCUUCCAUUUCAAAAAAAGGAGACAUCGAUUAUGUAGCCAUAUGUAAAAUAGCCGACGGAUUUAAUGGUGCCGACUUACGAAAUAUUUGCACUGAAGCAGGUAUGUUUGCAAUUCGAGCCGAAAGAGAUUAUGUUAUUCAAGAAGAUUUCAUAAGAGCUACACGCAAAAUAGCCGAAAAUAAAAAAUUAGAAGGCUCAUUAGAUUACGAAAAAAUUUAAAUGUUAUUUUAAAAAAAGCUAAAAAUUGUUCUAUUGUUGUUAUAGUUAUUAUUAAAUAAUUAUACAAUUACUUAUUUUACAACAACAAAAAAUACAAUCACUCGAAAGACAAACAACAAUG